AUGGGUUUUCUCAGGCGGGUAUCCACAGGUAAGCUGCUAUCUGUCCUCAGUCGUCAUUAUCAGGACGUCACCUGUCUGAAGUUCACGGACGACGGCAGCCAUUGUUCUGGAGGAAAAGACAAUCUGGCUCUGGUGUGGAGUCUGUGCAGUGUGAUCCAGCUAGAUAUAAGCCACACCCCCGAGCCGCGUCACGUCCUGUCUCGCCAUUCUCUUCCAAUCACAGACCUGCACUGUGGCCUGAUGGGAGCUCAGGCCAGAGUCGCCACCGCCUCCUUAGACCAGACGGUCAAGGUGUGGGAGUUGUCCUCAGGUGAGCUGCUCCUGUCCGUCCUGUUUGACGUGGAGGUCAUGUCUGUGACCUUUGACCCCUGCGAGUACUUCCUGUUCUGUGGAGGCAGCGAUGGAAACAUUUUCCAGGUUUCUCUGUGCAGCCAGAGUCUCAGUCGGGAAAAAUCCUUUCAGUCAGACAACGAUGGGGACACGGCUUUCAAAGGACACAGGAAUUUGGUGACCUGUCUCUCGGUGUCGAUGGACGGUACCCUGCUCCUCUCCGGGUCACAUGACGAGACGGUUCGACUCUGGGAUGUGCAGAGCAAACAGAGCAUCCGCUGCCUCGCCCACAAAGGUCCGGUGACAAACGCCAUCAUCAUGGCGGCUCCGGCGAACAUGUUCCUGCCCGACAGUCGUCCCGCCGUCCCUCUGCCACGCUUCAGCCGCCACCUGCACACCUCGGAGGGCGGAGAGUCCGGAGAGGUGUGUGUCCGCCCAGGGCUCUACACACAGGAGGAGGAGCAGACGUACCUGCAGAAAGCUGACAGGCUGAACUCUUUGAUGAACGCGGUGACGGACAAGUCGGUGUUUGGUGACGGAGAGAACACGAAGGUUCGAGUCUCCGAACUGGAAGAAGAAGUUCAGACUCUGAAGAAAGUCAACAAAGAUCUUUACGAGUUCUCCAGCCAGCUGCUCACCAAGCCCACAUAGACACACACACAGUGCACACACACAGUGCACACACACAGUACACACACUCAGUACACACACUCAGUACACACACUCGGUACACACACUCAGUACACACACACA